GGGUAGAGCAAUGGAGGCCUCGGCCGCCUGAGAGGCGGGUUCCCGGCUGGCGCUGCUGCGGAGGCUGCUGGUGCUCGGGGCAGUCGCGGGCUGUCUCGCGCCCGCCGCCCGCGCGGGACCGCCCGUCGCCGUCAGCCGCUCUGCCCGCCGCGGCUCCGGGCGGGGCCUCAGAGCUCUGUAGUGGCGAGAUUGGACCUCCUCACCCUACGGAUACGUUCACAAAAGCAGUGAUUCCCAGGCUUUCUCAAUUAUAUACUCCAUUUCCUGGCACACUUGCCACUGAAGGUGAAUUUUCCUUUUAACAAGAAGAAACUUUUCGUGGAGAGUCACCCCACAAGAAAGGAUCUGUGACUCCUCAAAUAGACCAGAAGACGGGAGGCAAAUUCCAGCCUUUUAAGAAGUUUUUUGGCAAAAGGAAAAAGAAAGACACCACAUUGUCCCAGGAGGCGUCAGUGGGGAAGAGGAAUCACUCUCUCCAGAGUGUCAGCAAUGGGACCUUCUUUUCAGAUGAGGAGACCCUGGAGGAUAAUUUAAGGUCCUUCAACCAUUCUAUGGGAACUCGGACAUUUUCCCAUGACAGUAUUUUUAUCCCUGAUGGGGGAGCAGAAAGUGAGCAGACAAUUCAAGCAGUGUCACAGGACAACAUCCUGGGCAAAGUCAAAACUUUUCAGCGACAGUUGGGCAAGAACAUCAAGUUUGGGCAGCCACCACCCAAUGCCAUCCCCAUGAAGAAGGCAGACAGGGGCCAGGCUCGCUUAGAAGAGGAACUGUUCCUGACCAGCCCCAUGGAAACUGUAACUCAGGACGUCAUCCUCUCAGACAUAGAGAACAAACCCAGUGAUACACCAAGUCCUCUGAGUCCUCCGAGUCUGCCUGGAGCCACACGUGAGAUGGAAGAGAAGGUGGCUCCAGUUAAACCAUCUCGGCCAAAAAGGCACUUCUCUUCCGCUGGCACCAUCGAAAGUGUCAACCUAGAUGCCAUCCCCCUGGCCAUCGCUCGCCUGGACAACAGUGCAGCCAGGCACAAGCUGUCUGUCAAGCCAAAAAACCAAAGGGUGUCAAAGAAGCACAGACGACUCGCUGGGGAUCAGCCACGUAAACAAGGUGGCCUUCCGAGUCAGCUGUCCCUGGACCAGAAUGGACACCCUGCAGAAGACAAGGCAGUCUGCCAUGAAGACGAACCUGAGCUGCAGGACUCCGAGGAAGAGAAGAGAUGCCAAGAAGAAUACUGGAGGGACCUUGAGGCCAAGUGCAGACGGCAAAAGGCCGAAGCAGCUGAGAGGAGACGCCUGGAAGAGCAGAGACUGCAGGCUCUGGAGAGGAGGCUUUGGGAAGAAAGCAGAAGGCAGGAACUCUUGGAGGAGGAAGGAGAGGAAGAGGAGGCAGAAGAGAAAGAACUACAACUAGGGGCCGAAGUGAGGCAGCGCGGAGAGGAGAGGCAGCGACUGAAGGAGCAUGGUUGCCCAGGCCCUGAGCAGAGGGAGCAGGAGGAAGGAGGGCGCCUGGGGGUCGAGGAGGCCCUGCCGGGGCUGGAAGAAGGGGCCGAGCCACUGGAGGUGCACAGCCGGCAGGAGGCUGAGAAGCAGUGGCAGGAAGAAGAGGAGAGAGAGUUGAAGGAGCUCAGAAGACUGGGGGAGCUGGAGGAGCAGAGGUGGCAGGAGGCUGAGCGGCAGCGGCUGGAGGAGGAGAGGCUGGAGGAGCUGGAGGAGCAGAGGCCGCGAGAGGAAGAAGAAAAGCGGCUCCGGGAGCUCCAGCGGCAGGAGGAGCUGGAGGAGCAGAGGCACCAGGAGGAGGAGGAGGCCAAGGAAGAGGCGAGACAGCUGGAGGAAACGGAGGCCCAGAGGCGGCGGGGAGCAGAGGAGUGUCGGGAGGCACCGAGCCUGGGACAGGGGAGUCAGCGGCAGCUGGACGACAACCCGCCGCAGACUGACUUUGCAGAGAAACCGGAAGAACAAGAGCGCCUGAAACCGGAGAAGCCGGGAGAGAACUCGGAGGAGCCAAGUAUUUUUGAGGAGAGCCACGAGGUGGAGCCAUCUGGAGAGCAGCAGGGCGAGCAGGGGGAUGUGCACAGGGAUGAUGGUUGUGCUACCGUACUGCCUCCCCAGAAACCAGCGGCGCAAGGGGAAGCGACGCCAGCUCCAGCGGAGCAGACAGCAGCUGCCCCUGCAGGGACAGACAGACAGGGGGAGGAGCUCCGGUGGCAGGAGGUGGACGAGUGGCAGGCCAUGCCCAGACCCUACACUUUCCAGGUGUCAUCAGGCGGGAAGCAGAUCCUGUUCCCCAAAGUCAAUCUGAGCCCUGUGACACCAAUGAAACACGUGGGACUCGUCUCUGCUCCACAGGAGCUGAAGGCCCGCAAAGCCAGCCCUGCCCCCCACGCCCUGCCCUCCUCCCAGAGCAUCCCCCACACGGCCAUUCUGGUCACCAGAGCACAGCUCUGCGGCCCGGCUGUCAACCUGAGCCAGAUCAAGGACACGGCGUGCAAGUCUCUCCUGGGCCUGUCAGAGGAAAAGAAGCGAGCGGAGGGCGCCGGCCUGGAGAACCCUUCCCGCGCCGGCAGCGGGAAGGCCAGGCCCGCCGCGGAGGCCCCGGGCAGUGUGGCCGCCCUCGCCGAAUGGGCUUCCAUCCGGUCCAGAAUCCUGAGGAACACGGAAGGCGAGCGGCGCGGGGAGAGGGGCCUGUGGCGGCUGGGUGCUCAGCACGCCCUGCGGGGCCGCUGUGAUUCACGCGGAAACCCCCGCAAGACCCCACCAGUCAACGCAAAGUUCUCUAUUACGCCCGCCUGGCAGAAAUUCUCCGAUGGAGGCACGGAAACCUCCAAAGAAAACGCAGAGGCGGAGAGCAUGAGACAGAGGGGCGUGCUGGGGCCCGGCCACAGCACGGCAGCCCAGCCCCUGGCUGCCGGUACCAGGCAGCACCCGAAGGGCGCGGCCACGCUGGAGCCGACGGACACCGCCGAGGGGUGCAAAUUUGCCAAAGAUCUUCCGUCUUUCCUUGUUCCAAGCCUUGCUGACCCGCCACAGAAAGCAGUGGCCCGUGCAGAGCCCGAGGCCACCUCGGACAGCGAGACCGCCAGCGUAGGAAGGCCGGACCCCGUGGUGCCAGGCGGGGAGGAAAAUGCCUCGCCUUUCGGAAUCAAACUGAGAAGGACCACCUACUCCUUACGCUUCCACGGCGACCAGCAGCCAGAGCAAAAGCGGAAGAAAAGGCCGGGCGGCCCCGCGGACGGCCCGGGCGGGCGGGCACCUGCCCAGGUUGAGCAGCCGGCAGAGGGUGUGGCGCGGCCGCGCUGCCCGGCCCCAGCGCCCUGCGAGGACGCUGCCCCAGGAGCCCGCGCAGCCCCUGCGCUGGCGCCGGGGCACCCCACGGCCGGUGGCCGGGCCCCGGCUCCCGAGCCCGACAAGGCUGCGAGCAGAAUGCCGUGGGUGCGCAAGCCGGCGCUGGCCCCCAAGCCCGCCGGCCGGACGCCGCCGGCCUCCCCCGUCUCCUGGCUGAGCAGGCCUUGCCCAGUGGAGCUGCCGGUGCGCCCGCCAGGGAGGCCAGACCCGGAGCCCAGCAGGCCCUGCUCGGAGGGCCAGGACGGUGCUGCGGGGCCGCCCUCGCCGCCACCCUCUGAGCCGAGGAGGGCGCAGGAGGAGGAGGAAGACGAGCGGAGACCCGCUUCCCCCGCCCUGCUCGCCGGGCAGCCCGAGAAGCCCUCCCAAAGCCCCGUGGCCGGAAAGAAAGAAAAGCCAGUGCUUCAGAGCAGGCAUUCUUUAGAUGGCUCCAGGCCUGCGGGGAAGGUUGAAGCUGCGCAGCCACUGUGGAUUACACUAGCACUGAAAAAGCAGAAGGGGUUUCGGGAGCAGCAAGCGACUCGAGAGGAGAGGAAGCAAGCCAGGGAGGCUAAACAGGCAGAAAAACUCUCCAAAGAGAAUGUCAGUGUCAGCCCGCAGCCUGGAAGCGGCUGUGCCAGCAGAGAUGGUUCCCUGCACAAGCCCCCAGCUCAGCCAGAGGAGCAGCAGCCAGAGACUGCAGUGUCCAGGCUUGAGCGCAGAGAACAGCUCAGAAAGGCCAACACUCUUCCUACGUCUGUGACAGUGGAGAUCUCGGAUUCCGCUCCCACAACGCAGCUGGUGAAAGAAGUCACGAAGAGGUUCUCUACCCCAGAUGCCGCCCCCGUGUCGACAGAACCAGCCUGGUUGGCUCUAGCCAAAAGGAAAGCCAAGGCCUGGAGCGACUGUCCACAGAUUAUUAAGUAAAGAGUGACUUAUCAAUUCCUAUUGCCAGUUACUGGCUCCUCUCUUGCCCUUUUUAUUUAUUUUUUAUACAAGGUAAAGAAAGCAAGCUAGGGAAAAGCAGCAUGUUUUAUAGGCACUAAAAUAAUGUUUAGAAACUGAACUGGUGGUGUUCCUUAUAAAGAGUGUAUUUGCACAGCCCUAGGUACUGGUGCCUUGAGCUCCUCCUAGUUCUAAAGAGAAAAUUCCAUCUGAAGGGCCACACAAAGCAGAAUCUCCAAACUAAGAACUCCUCAUGAGAGCCUGCCAUGCCCAUUUCAUGGCCCUUCCACACACCAGUGAGCCAUGUACUUUUGCCAAUCUUUGUAAUGAUCUUUUGAUUCUCUACUCCAAUUUCUUUUAUCCAAAACACUUACCCUACCAUAUGGGGAUUUCUAUCAUUUUCUGCAGUAAUGGUGAAAGAAUCAUAUAUAGAUAAUAGGAACAAGAAUGCCCCUUCUAUUGAAUGGAGCUACUGGGAAUUUCAAGUAGUGGUCUGGUUCCCGACUCUGACCAUGUCUGUCUGGUUUUCAUGAAUUUCCUCCAACCUGAAACUGUAACACAGAAAGUGAAUCCAUUCACACAUCUACCACAUUGUUUUCCAGGCCCUGUUAAGCCAGUACUCUCAUUAAAGACAUGUUAAACAUUUGGCCCAGUUGGCUCCUAGAGAACAUUUUAGUUUGAUAUGGUGAAUAAAAGAAGCCACAAAUUCUUUCCAUGUCUUGAGAAUCCCCAUCUCGUGCAGUAGUUCUUCGGAUGUCCUGGCUCCAUUCUAGGCCUACUGAAUCAAAUACUGUGAGGAUGGGCCAGGAGUGUAUAUUCUGGCAAAAAUUCUUCAGAUGAAUUCUGAUAUAUCCCAAAAGCUGAGAACUCUGGGAUAUACUGCUUCUAGUAUACUCGAGUCUUUAAGUCUCUGAAGGGGAAGGUCAUUUCACUCAAAAGUAGCAAAAGUGAGACAGGAAAAAUACGCCCCCCCNNNNCCCC